AGUGACCCCAACGCGACUUACUACAACUCCUUCAAGCCCCAAGCGACAAAAGUUCUUUUUGAUUGUUUCGGUUCUUCUUUUCUCUUUUCUUCCGUCUUGUAGGCAGUCAUGACCCUAAUGUCGCAUAUCCGGCGGCGGUCGUCACUCGCUGUUAGUAAGUUCAAUACAAUACUUAACUUACCAACUUUACUUACCUAAACGUCACUCCUAUGGUUUUUAUUUUUCCUUUUUCUCUUUCUUUUUUUUGCCUAAUUUCAUUUCCUCUCAACGUCAUUUCCCUGCCCUCUUCUUUUCUUCCCCUCCUUUUACCUCUCGAACUCUCUUCUUUCUCCCAAAUACUUGGCACAUACAUAUCCACUCAUACACACCCUUUACACUUACAUACUUAUUACUUACAUACAUAUAUCUGUAACCGUUCAUCGACGGAUGAACCUAAUAUUGUGGCCGGGGAUGACGACACCGAACCCGACCAGGGCAAUGUCCUGUCGCAUAUUAUCAGCCAGCUCCGCCCGGGAGCUGAUUUGAGUCGGGUCGUACUGCCCACUUUUAUCCUCGAGCCCCGGUCUAUGUUGGAGCGGAUUACCAACUUUAUGGCUCAUCCGGAAACCCUUCUACCCAUGCCCACUGUUGAUGAUCCGCUCGAACGCUUCGUUUCCGUCGUCAAGUUUUACUUGAGCGGUUGGCACAUCAAGCCUCCAGGUGUGAAGAAACCGCUCAAUCCGAUCCUCGGAGAAACCUUCACCGGCUACUGGAAGUAUCCGGAUGGCACCUACGGAUAUUAUAUCGCCGAACAGACAUCCCACCAUCCUCCGAAGUCAAGCUACUUCUUUAUGGCCCCCGAGCACAAUAUCCGGAUAGAUGGGACGCUUAUACCGCGGAGUAAAUUCUUGGGCAACUCGGCGGGAAGCAUGAUGGAGGGAAUUGCCAUUUUGCGCUUCAUGAACCGCGGUUCGAAUAAGGAGAAGGGCGAGCGAUACAUCUUAACCCAGCCGAAUAUGUACGCCCGGAACAUUCUGAUUGGGAAGAUGAAAUACGAGCUUGGCGACCACAGCUACGUCAGAUGCCCGGAGAACAAUCUUGUUGCCGAUAUCGAGUUCAAGACCAAGGGAUACUUCUCUGGUACCUAUAAUCAGAUUGGGGGGACGAUCAAGAACAGUGAGACCAACGAGGUAUACUACGAACUGUCCGGCCUUUGGAAUCAGGAGAUGUACAUUACAGACGUCAAGACCCAUAAGAAAGAGCUUCUAUUCGACGCAACUAAGGCAAAACCUACCCCUCCUUCGGUGCGGCCCAUCGAACAGCAAGGCGAGCGCGAGUCGCAACGGUUGUGGCAGAGUACAGUCAAAGGGAUUUUAGACCGGAAUCACGACGUGGCUACGGAUGAAAAGACUAAGAUCGAAGAUCGCCAACGAGAAGAGGCAGCCAAGCGGACCAGUGAAGGAGUUGAAUGGCAUCCGAGACUCUUCCGUCGAGUCCAGGGAGGUCCCGGUGGGCCAGACGAGGGAGAGGAGGACCUCGACUGGAUUAUCAACGCACAAAUCAACCCGCAUGACCCUCAACUGGCCGCCAAGCAAAUCCUAUCCAUUGCCCCGAUUCUGGAGGGCCAGAGCGAGUCCUCUCAAUUUCAAAUCCCACCGCACAAGCGGGAGCAUGAGGAUGCUCCAUCUGAUCAGAACGGCGCAGGCCCGAGCGCGGAUCAGCCCCCCCCUUCUGGAGGGGAACCCCUCGAAGAGGUACAGCGCAAAGAUACCCGAACAUCCGACGUCGACACCUUCGUGGACGCCAAGCCGUGACCGUAUUUUCAUAGCGAAUAGAUGUGACUCACAUCUAGAUUGCUUGGUUUAAAGUCGAAUGACCGCAUCUCGACCAAAACGCGGGUCUCGGAGGGACAUUGCGAUCACAAAAAGCAAGAGGGAAAAAGGAAAAAAAAAGAAAAUGGUAGCGCAACCCGGAGUCACAGACGUAGUUAAACCGCGAGGACGGAGCAAAUGAAAUGACGGACUGACCGGACCGUACAUCAAGAGGUACUCUCGGACGGCCGUAUGACUCCAGGCCUUAUCGUUCAACGCCAGGUUUUGAUUGAUUUGCCCUACCGAACCUCUACUGGAUACCCGAUUGAAAUAUUCUGUCUUUAUGUUUAGUAUAUCACAUGGGGGGGGGAAUAAAAGGGUUGGUUGGUUGGCAUAAAUAUAGGAGUACAAGAAGGACGGACGGAUGGGAGCAUAUACUUUGUCGGAUGUGCAGAAGUGGCUUUUCUAAUAUGCAGUCGCAAAGAGUCUAUAUACUUUCAUUAA